AAUCCUAUUCUGUUGUUGAUUGCUUUUGCCUGUCGCUGAAAUCCGCGCUCGGCUGAUCGUGUCUGCCGAUAUUAAUGAUGGCUCCGCUCGCUUCAUCAACACGUGAGUUAUUCACUGAAGCAGUUCGGGCGAUAUUGGAAGCCUGGUCGGUACUUCAAAUUGCAGUUGAUAAUGGUUUUGGUGGUGCUUACAGUCAGCAGAAGGCCGACUGGAUGGUGGAUGUGCUUCAGCAGUAUUUUCAUGACAAUGAUGACCUGCAGCAGUGUGAAGUGGAGGAUUUUAUCUCAGACCUGAUGAACAAUGAAUUUGACACUAUGGUAGAUGAUGGCAGCUUACCACAGGUGGCACAGAAGGUGUGUUUGAUGUACCAGCUGUGUGAUCAGGGCAAACUGACCGAGGUUAGAGAGCAGAUCAGCCAGCUGGCACAGAAAAAAAACACUGGGCGGGCAAAAGCCACAGCUGUGAAAACACCAGCAGGCGAUGAUGAUGAGGAAGAGGACAAUGAUGAAGAGGCUAUGGAGUGUGAUGGAGCUAGCGAUGGACCAUCAGUCAGCAGCACAGCAGCGAAGCAACAGCCUCUUCCUCAGGUCAUGAAUAAUGAUGAAGAGGAUGAUGGAUGGACGGUUGUGUGCAGGAAAAAGUGACUUUAAAAAACAUAAAUGAGUAAAAAAUGAUAUUUAAGGGCUUUUCUACCACUUUGGAUUUUUGUGUGUGUGGUUACAGACGUGUUGUGAAACCCACUAUAUGUGUACACUGACUAAAGUCCUGCCAGUCAGCCUGUGCAGAAUCAAAUGGGAUAUUAUUACCUCACCGCACCCGGUGGAGAUUUUUAAGAGUAUAAACUAAAUCAGUUUAAUCACAUGUUGGUUAUAGUAAAAUUUUAGCCAGUGAAAAGUCUAGUUUGCUUAACAAAGGUGCAUAAUUUAUAUGCAUUUAUGUGGUUUUUACUAUAAUAACAUGUUGACCUGAUUAUGUUUUUAAACUCCUGUAUGCCUGUUAUUUAUAACGCACUGUUGUCGCCCUCUAGUGGUCAUAACAGUAACGGCAAGAGAAAAUUUGACAAUUGCAGUUACCGGGUUUUUAAUUUGUAUUGCUAUUGAUUAUUCUUUAUUUGAAAUAAACUUAAUAAUUUUUAUUUGAUGAAUCUUAAAGGACUCAUUUACCCAGAAAUGUAAAUUUUGUCAUUUACUGACCUUCAUGUCUAUUUAUUUUCUCCAAGGAAAACACACUGUAUGUAAUAUGUUUGGGUCAGUUUUCCAAGUCAAAAAGUGCAUAAGGACCAUAAGUUCCUAUAGUUUCAUAUUUUCUGAUUUUAGUCUUUGAAGAUAAGGUUGUGCAGUUUGCUUGGUGUUGAUCAAGCAAUUUGUCAUUUCAUUAUAUUACAAGUUUUUCAUAUGACAGUAUUCUGUAUGCAAAGCACACAUCAAACAACGUGAGAUGCACAAUGGGAAAUGUGUAAGAAAAUUAUAAACAGGAACUCAUGCUUCAAAAAGGAUGUUUAAACAGGAUUAAA